AUGUCCUACGAUCCAAGGGAGCACUUCCAGCAGAUCCAGCGGACGCUGCAACAGCGCCGUGGUCAAGGCUUUGGCGGUCUUCCGGGAGGCGGCGCUGCAGGCAGAGGCAUCUUCGCUUUGAUCAGCCUGGGUGUUGCUGGCGUCGUUCUAUCGAACUCUCUAUUCAACGUCGAGGGUGGUCACCGCGCCAUCAAAUACACAAGAUUAUCUGGUGUCUCCAAAGAGAUCUACAAUGAAGGCACCCAUAUUCGGAUACCUUGGUUUGAGACACCGAUCGACUACGAUGUCCGAGCGAAGCCACGGAAUGUCGCCUCUCUCACGGGAACCAAAGACUUACAGAUGGUCAAUAUUACCUGCCGUGUCCUCUCACGGCCUCGCAUUGAAGCGCUGCCACAAAUUUAUCGGACGCUCGGAACAGACUACGACGAGCGUGUUCUUCCCUCGAUUGUGAACGAAGUGCUGAAAAGCGUGGUUGCGCAGUUCAAUGCGAGCCAGCUCAUUACCCAAAGAGAAAAUGUUGCGAGAUUGGUCAGGGACAACCUUACGAGGAGAGCGGCACGGUUCAACAUUAUGCUGGACGACGUUUCCUUGACGCACUUGUCCUUCUCACCAGAGUUCACAGCUGCGGUGGAGGCUAAGCAAGUUGCCCAACAGGAGGCACAGCGGGCUGCCUUUGUGGUCGACAAGGCGAGGCAGGAGAAGCAGGCAACUGUUGUUCGAGCGCAGGGUGAAGCCAGAUCAGCAGAAUUGAUCGGCGACGCUAUUAAGAAGAGUAGGAGUUAUGUCGAACUGCGACAAAUCGAAAACGCUCGCAAUAUUGCACAGAUUCUACAGGAAGCUGGAGGGAAGAACAAGCUUUAUCUUGAUGCAGAGGGACUUGGACUCAAUGUCCAUGCCGGCGAGGAGGUUGCCUCGAAAAAAUAA